AUGGCCACGGCCAUGAUCAGGGUGGAGUCCAUCGUUCGAGAAGAAGAGGUGCUGACCUGCAUGCAACAGGGGAGCUUUGAUCGUGCCAGUAUCUCUGUUCGGUUUCGGGUGGUCUACUUUUCCAUGGGUCCAUUGGAUAGGUUGGUUCUGAUUUGGAGCAUUUCUUUGCGAGUUCUCUGUUCGUGGCAACUGACAACGGCGGUAGUGCCCAUCAUCUUUAGCGCACUGUUCGGCUUGGGUAACAUCUUCUGCUUCGGCGGCAUAUUCACGUUCCUUGUCGAAUGUUAUCCACUAUACGCAGCAAGUGCCCUGGCAGCGAACAGCUUUGCAAGAUCUAGCUUUGCAGCAGCAUUUCCACUCUUCGGCGUGCAGAUGUUCAACAGUAAGUUUAUUGUGUCCCCUAACGGGACGGGACUGUGGAGUAACAAUAUCGAAGAUCUAGGAUAUCAGUGGGCGAGCAGCACCCUGGCCUUUAUUGCCCUUGCAAUGACACCUUUUCCGUACCUAUUCUUCAGAUUCGGCAAACGUCUGAGAGGACGCAGCCGUUUCGCGCAAUCCUGA